ACGAGCACUGAAAACAUUAACUUCGCAUUUCACUUUGAAAAUUUCGCGAGAAAAGACGGAUUUUCCUUGAAAAUAAAUUAAAUUAACAAAAAAAUUCAUGAAAUGACGGAAGAUUUGCCAUCCGAAUAUGAUCUCAUCGUCUUGGGAACAGGCCUCACAGAGUCAAUUGUGGCAGCAGCUGCAGCUCGCAUCGGCAAAUCAGUCCUUCACAUGGACACAAACGAAUAUUACGGAGGGAAUUGGGCCGCCUUCCAGCUCGAAAGCUUCCGAAAGUUCAUCGCCUCGCAUCAUGAGUCAUCCGAAAAUCGAACAAUCGCAGUAACAAAGGAAGCAAAUUUCGAUCAAACAACUGUCGAAAUACUGCCUGCAGGAAUUGGCAUUGAAAAUAUCGAGGAACGUUGGUUCGAUUUUACCACACAUGGCUCCGUAUGCGGAUGGGAUCAGGAAAAAAUAUGCAAGGAAAAUCGUAAAUUCAGCAUCGAUUUGACGCCAAAACUGUUAUUUGCCAAGGGAGAGAUGGUAGCGUUGCUGAUUUCCUCGAACAUUUGUCGCUAUGUGCAAUUUAGGGCGGUAGAUCGCGUCGCAACUAUCAAAGAUGCCACAAUUAAGCCUGUUCCAAGCUCGAGGGCGGAUGUUUUUACGAACAAAGAUGUGACGGUAGUCGAAAAAAGGCUUCUCAUGAAGUUCAUUGAGGUUUGUUUGAAGUAUGUGGAAACGCAGGACAUGACAGAAUUCAAGGAUUACGAAGACAAAACGUUCAUCGAGUAUUUGAAACACAAAAAAUUGACGCCAAAUUUGAUACAUUACAUUUUAUACGCUAUCGGAAUGGGCAAUAACGAGACAAAAUGCAUGGAAGGCGUGAAAAAUGUCGCAAAAUUUCUUACCAGCAUCGGUCAUUAUGGAAAUACGCCGUUUUUGUUCCCGAUGUAUGGCGCCGGAGAGAUUCCUCAGUGCUUUUGUCGACUUUGUGCGGUAUUUGCGGGCAUCUAUUGUCUCUCGAGUCCCAUAAAAGCGUUGGAAUUCAAGCAAAAUGAAGAUAAAACGUUCGUUUUUGACGGUUUGCAGUACGAAAAUCGAAAAUUAACAUCGCGAAACAUCGUGAUCGGGCAGGGAGUUGUCACCAAAGACGUCUUAAAAGAAGAAAAACCCGAAGUUAAAGCCUUAAAAUGUGGAAAAAUAUCUCGCGGAGUGUUUAUUACUGCAACUCCCAUCGGCGGAUUGCUCCAAAAUCAAGGAAAAAAUGGCGUGAUGUUUUUAAAACUUCCUCCGGUAUCGGAAAAAAAUCAUUCGGGCGCUUUUGUCAUACAGCUAGAUCAUCACAGUGGCGUUUGCCCGAAAGGUUUGUACCUGAUUCAUGUCAUGUGUGAGACAAUCACGACUCCCAAAGACGAUUUGGCGCCAUAUGUCGAUCAAAUACUGAAAAAUACAAAAUCUGACAUCAAAACUCCCUCAUCCGAUGACGUCGAUGUUAAUUUUACGGAUGACGAGCAACCUCUCGAUGACGAAACAAUUCCCACAAUUCUUUGGAGUUGUUACUUUAACAUUCCCCGAUGCGUUGCAUGCGAAAAUGAAUCAAAAUCUGCUUCGACGAACGUAAAAUUGGCAUGCGGACCAUUUUUCGAACUCGAUUUCGAUCGUUCCAUCAAUCAGGCGAAGGAGAUUUUUGCAGAACUUUAUCCAGCGGAAGAUUUUUUGCCACGUGCGCCGGAGCCGGAUGAAAUUAUUUGUGAGGGCGAAGACCCGACAGUUCCUAAAAUUGAAUUAGAUCCGUUUUUGAUGGAAACACAAACGGAAACUCUCGAAGGCGAGGCUAUUGAACAGGCGCGGGAGGCACGACAAGCAGCUGAGGAAGGUGCGCCGCCCGAAAAUGCAAAAGAAGCCGAAGAAGAUGUUGAAAAAAGUUAAGCUUCCAGUUUUUUGAAAUGCACUUGUUCUCAAUUUAUCUGUUUUUCACAAAAAAAUAAAAAAAAGCUUUAAUUUAAUUUACGAAAAAAAAAAAAUUUUAAAAUAAAUUAUUGUCGAUCGACGACACAUUUUACAUUGUCU